CCUCCUCCGCUAAACACGACGACUGACUCUCACUCUCCAUGGACGCGCGUCGCGCUUCCCGAACCGUCAUCGACCCCAAGGUCCGCCACGUCGGCUUCUUUACUCCCUCCGCCGACGCCUUACCUGCUCGGACCCAAUCCGGACCCGCAACCGCCACCCCCUCUCCUCCUCUCUCCGAAUCUCCGGCCAGCAACUCCCUCUCUCCCGUCAUGAUCCCCCCUUCGCGUCACCUUUCCGACACCGUCGCGAUCCGCACCGCCGCCGUCCCGGUUCCGGACUCGGCGCUGCGGCGUUUGGACUCCGGCGAGCAAGUUCCGGUCGGGAGUUAUAAUCCGUCGGAGUCGUUGCUAGGGUCGUCUCCGGUGGCCUCGUCGCCGUCGAGCAGGACCGGGGAUGGGACUCUGGAGUUCUCCGAGGAGAACUCUGUGCAGUGGUACCGGCGAAGCGGCUCCGGCAAGAUGGCCUCGAGUUUGCCCGGCGGUGGAUUUGAAUCAGUCGCCGCGUUAAGAAUGCCUCUUGAAGUUCCAGGGAAAAGUGCAGAGGUGGUUCCGAAAGUGCAGAAUGAAGUUCCUGCUAGUUCAGAGCAGGCGAAAGCUAAGCCGACUAAAGCUGAAAGGCGUGCCCUGCAGGAGGCUCAACGUGCUGCUAAAGCUGAGGGAAGAAAACCUACCCCUGUAUCUGGAGGAGGAGCUACGAGUAAACCUGUAAAGCAGUCUUCCCAGAAGAAAGAGAUGCAAAAGAAAGAAACUACUGCCGUUGCAUCUUCAGUGGUUGCUUCAGAAAAGAAGGGUGGUGAUCGGCCAACAGAUAGGAGGAAAGAUGUUCCUCCUCCACGUAUGCAGUUUGAUGAUAAGAGCCGAGUGGAAAAGGCAAAAAAGCGCUCUGUGGUUAAUCAAACAGAAGCUAAAAACAGAGUUGAAUUGUUCCGGCAUUUGCCUCAAUAUGAACAAGGAACUCAGCUUCCAGAUCUCGAGUCAAAAUUUUUUCAACUUGAUCCCAUGCAUCCUGCCAUUUAUAAGGUUGGACUGAAGUACUUGGCCGGGGAUAUAUCUGGGGGUAAUGCUCGUUGCAUUGCAAUGCUUAAAGCGUUUCAGGAAGCCAUUAGUGACUACUCUACGCCACCACAGAAAACUCUUGUUCGAGAUUUAACGGCAAAAAUCAGCAGUUACGUCUCAUUUUUCAUCGAAUGCAGGCCGCUUUCUAUUAGCAUGGGAAAUGCUAUUAGGUUUAUAAAGAGUCGUGUUGCAAAAUUGCCAUUAAGCCUUUCUGAGUCUGAAGCUAAAUCCACACUUUGUUCAGAAAUUGACCGAUUUCUAAAUGACAAGAUAAUUGUUGCUGAUAAGGUAAUAGUUAGGCAUGCUGCUACAAAGAUUAGAGAUGGUGAUGUUCUACUCACAUAUGGAUCAUCAUGUGUUGUUGAGAUGAUUUUCCUAUAUGCCCAUGAACUCGGGAAACAGUUUCGUGUUGUGAUUGUAGACUCGCGUCCAAAGCUUGAAGGCCAAGCAUUACUUCAUAGACUGGUAGCAAAGGGCCUGACUUGUACGUAUACUCAUAUAAAUGCUGUGUCCUAUAUCAUGCAUGAAGUAACACGAGUGUUUCUGGGAGCUGCCUCAGUAUUAUCUAAUGGAACCGUAUAUUCAAGAGUUGGAACUGCAUGUGUUGCUAUGGUUGCUCACGCAUUUUGCAUUCCAGUCUUAGUCUGCUGUGAAGCUUAUAAGUUUCAUGAAAGAGUACAGCUUGAUUCUAUUUGCUCUAAUGAACUAGGUGAUCCAGACGCUGUUGCAAAAGUUUCUGGAAGAACUGAUGUAAAUUAUCUGGAGAAUUGGGCGAAUAAGGAUAAUCUGCAACUUCUGAAUUUGAUGUAUGAUGCCACCCCAGCAGAUUAUAUCUCCAUGAUUGUCACUGAUUAUGGCAUGAUUCCGCCCACUAGUGUGCCCGUCAUUGUACGUGAAUAUGGCAGAGAACAUUUGUACUGACAUCAUUGGAUGAAUAAAGCACUUAAAUGGACAGGACUGGUGGUUGUUUUACAGAAGAAUAAAACUUAAUAUUUUUACAAAUUGGAUUGGGGACUCCAAAACCGUAUUUUUGAUCGAUGUUAACAACUCAUGGUAGCUGGGUUUUGCAAUAUUCUUAGUAAAUAUGCUCAGUGAAGAGUGCAUUUUGUAGCCUCUCCUGAUAGAUAUGGGGGCGCUUCAUGUAUCAUUUAGUUAUUCAUUUUUGUUAGGUAACUUGCCAUUUUUGUCAGAUAUGGAAGCUCUUUGUUCAAUACUGAUUG